CACCUUGCUAUGCAUUUUUCUUUCCUUUUUGCCUACACAAUUUUGCCUUUUUUUUUUCCCCUGAGCAACAAUUUAGUACUUUUCUGUUUUGUGAAAUUAUAUAACACUUUUGAACGCUUUAAAUUUUUUCACACUUAUAAUUAAGCACAGAUGUUUUUUCAUCUGGUUUGAAUUUGUCACAUGAUGUUAAUUCCUAGCCGUCCCUCCCCCUCUUUUUUUAUGCAUGAAAGUUCUUCUACGCAGUAGAACUCGUCGCGGCGUCACACCUCUCACUUGCAUCUUCCUGCCCACCCAGCGCGCCAAACGAAAAAGAAAAAAAUUCGCGCAAUUAGCGGGAUUUGCGGGAUUAGCUGAAUUUGCGGCAUUUGCGGAAUUUGCAAAAUUAGCAAAAGGAGCAAGAGAGCCCUUCUUCCGGAUACACCACUUCUCCCUCAUCAUACAGCCCAGUCCAGCAAAGAUGACUAAAAAAAUUUCUAAGAUGAACAAACACAUCUGUAUCUAUGGAGGCUCCUUCGAUCCAAUUACUCAUGCGCACGAAAUGGUCCUCGCAGAAGUCAGCAGCCUAGACUGGGUAGACGAAAUAUGGGUGGUCCUCUGCAGGUGUCGAAAUGAUAAGCACCUAACGGAAUUCCAGCAUAGACAUAAUAUGUUCUCCCUAAUCAUGAAUAAUAAUUCACCAAAGAUGUUAAAAAAUAAAAUUUUUCUAAAAGAUAUUGAAUGUAAAGAAACCACCACUCCAACUUAUGAUUUGCUCAAGAUGCAAAAGGAAAAAUACCCAAAUUAUACAUUUUACUUUACCAUUGGAUCUGAUUUACUGAAUGAUAUUUUUUUUUGGGAUAAUGGAGAAAAGCUAGUUGCAGAAAAUAACUUCAUAAUAGUCGAACGGGGGAAUUUUAAAAUCGAUGAAAAUGUGCUGAAGAAAUUCCCAAGCUACUAUUUAAUAAAAAUUGAAAACAUGUCUUUUAUUAAUUAUAUUUCUUCAAGUGACGCCAGGAAGAUGUUAUCCCAAAAGAAUAACUCGGAAGAUCUGCAGAAGUAUAUCCACCCGGUUAUUAUAAAUUACAUAAAGGAACAUGACUUGUAUGAUAACAACUCCGCGUAG